UCUUUAAAAUAGAAACUUAAAUGUUUGAAAUUUCAUAAACAUGUUACCUAUCUUUUUAAGUUUAGAUACCUAUAGUGUAACAGAUGAGUUGUUAUCACUGCAGAGAAUUCCAGAUGAGUUUAUAACAAGAUUUGGGAAUGAACUCGACAAUGUUGCUACCAUUACUGUUCCCGAUGGUCGUGAGUGGAAUAUGGAACUAAAGAAAUGUGGCGGCCAAAUUUUCUUUUGCAACAAUUGGCAACAGUUUGCAGAAUACUAUUGUAUUUAUUAUGGUUGUUAUUUAGAUUUCAAAUAUGAAGGGAAUUCAAAGUUCAAUGUUGUUAUAUACGAUAGAACUUCUGUUGAGAUUUCUUAUCCAUUCCAAACUCGGAGGACUAAUGGAGAACCAAACAUAAACUGUCCGAGCUCUGCUUCCAAUGGAAUCAACCCAAAAAACACUUCUUUUUGUUCCAAAGUCCAGAACAACUACGCAUAUGUUCCUGGUGAAUUUGCUAAGGAGCAUCUGAAGCCAAAUGUUCCGUUCAUGCUCCAAAAUUAUCAAGGAAAGCAGUGGGAAGUUUCUUGUGUAUUGGAUAGAGCAAGUAAAACACCAAUGCGAAUUACGAGUGGAUUCUGUAGAUUUGCAAGGGAAAACAAUCUAUCAAAGGAAGUUUUUUACAACUUUGAGCUGAUAAAGAGAAAGCCUGUUGUUGUGUUACAAGCUACUACAUCUCGCACGGCAGAGAUGGAAAUUAGGGAAUCCAAACAUUUUAAGAAGGCCAUACUUCCCUCACCCAUUCAUGACAAAGAAAUUAGAAUUCCUGAAGUCUUUAUAACAAUAUAUGGGAGCGAACUCAAGAAUGUUGCUACAAUUACUGUACCGGAUGGUCUUACUUGGAAAUUGGAAUUGAAGAAACGUGGGGAGGAUGUUUACUUUUGCAACAAAUGGAAACAAUUUGCAGAAUACUAUUCUUUAAGAUAUGGUUGCUUCAUGUCUUUCAAAUAUGAAGGGAAUUCAAAGUUUAGUGUUAUUAUAUUUGAUGUAACUUCUGUUGAGAUUUGCUAUCCACUCAAAACUCCAAGUACUAAUGGAGAAACAAACACAGAGUGUCCUAGACCUACGAAAAGGUCCAGGGUUGAAAUCAAUUAUGCUGAUGAUUCACCAAGUGAGGAUGAAGGAACAGAAUUAAACCCUUCUUUUACUUCUACCUAUAAGUAUAGAACUCUGUAUAUUAAUGCUGAUUUUGCAUCAAAGCAUCUGAAACGAAAUGUUGUUGUGAAGCUCCAAAAUUGCAAUGGAGGAGAGCAAUGGGAUGUUUGUUGUACACGUUUAGGUCGUUCAGGACUGCGAUUGGGGAAAGGAUUCAUUAAAUUUGCAACGUACAACAAUUUGUCAAACGGUGAUAAAUGCAAGGUUGAGUUGAUUAAGAAAUCAUCGCCAGUUGUGUUACAACUUGAUCUUAGAAUUCCAGAUGGAUUUAUAAAAAGAUUUGGGAAUGAACUCAAGAAUGUUGCUACAAUUACUGUUCCCGAUGGCUGUGAUUGGGAAAUGGAACUGAAGAAAUGCGGCAACGACGUUUACUUUUGCAACAAAUGGCAACAGUUUGCAGAAUACUAUUCUAUAGGGUAUGGUUCCUUCUUGCGUUUCAAAUAUGAAGGGGAUUCAAAGUUUAAUGUUGUUAUAUUUGAUGUAACUUCUGUUGAGAUUUGCUAUCCAUUCAAAACUCAAAGUAUUAAUGGAGAAACAAACACAAAGUGUCAUAGUCCUAGGAAAAGGUCCAAGGUUGAAACAAGUGACAAUCAUGCUUCUAAAAGAUCAGAGGAAGCUGCCAAGGAAUUCAAUCCAAAAAACCCUUACUUUUGUUCCAAAAUUCUUAAGAGAAAAUAUGUGUAUGUUAAUGCUGAUUUUGCUUCAAAGUAUCUAAAGCCAAAUGUUCCUAUAAAGAUCCAAACUUCUCAUGGUGAGCAGUGGGAAGUUUUUGGCAUAUUGCAUGACGCCAAUUCGUCAUCAGCAAUGAAAAUAACGAGGGGAUUUUCAAUAUUUCAAAGGGACAAUAAUCUGUCACAUGGAGAUUAUUGUGUGUUUGAGCUGAUCAAGAAUAAUCCGUUGGUGCUAAAAGUCACAAUGUUUCGUGCGGCUGACUAUGGCGAUUAACAACUUAUGUAUCCUCUCUACUUUGAUGUUUUGGUAUUUGAUAAUUUCAAUGCAUUGCACCAACAAGUAAUGUAAUAGGCACUUUGUAUUCUGUUUUAUAUUGCUUAUAUAGGAUGUCUUUGCUUUUUCGACCUUGAAGCAGUGUAGAAUUAGAACUUAGGUACUAAUGUAGUCAGUGACAUGUAAAUGAAAUGGCUAUGAUGACAGGCCUAAAAAUCAA